ACAAAAGGAAUAAAACUAAAAACAUUCACUACGUUGGAAUUUCAUUCCCAUUAAUUUUUUUUUAAAAUACAUAUUGCUACAGAAAAGUGUAUCCUAGUUGAACAUUCUGUGGAAUACAUAACAUGAAUCCAUGUCAGUUAAUCCAUCAUCAGUUACUAUUUUCCAAACAUAAGUUUUAAUCGAAUCGGCUUACGAUUUUCCCUAAUAUUUUUAACGAUGUAUGAAUUAAAACAUUAUAUCUUAUUAAUUACGUUAUCACUAUUAGUUCCUCUUAUUUCAUGUAGUGACGGCGAUCGAUCGCCUUUCUAUCAAAAAUGUUUACAAAAGUGCAAAAAUACCAACUGCACUUCAGAUGGAGUAUUUACUCGAGAAGGAGCAAAGUUGCAAGACACCUGGGCCUGGCUGCUGGGCUGGGGCUGUGAGGACGAGUGCCGCUACCACUGCAUGUGGCGCACGGUGCAGGGCUACCAAGAGAGAGGAUAUCAGAUACCUAAAUUUCAUGGAAAAUGGCCAUUCAGAAGAAUCCUGGGAGUGCAGGAGCCUGCAUCAGCCUUCGCGUCAGUGCUCAACCUGCUUGUACAUAUCUACAUGUACAGAAAAAUCAUCAGGGAGUUUCCCAUCAAGGAUACUCCUAUGGUCAUGUUCUGGCAUGGUUUUGCUUGGGUGUGUAUAAACGCAUGGAUAUGGUCGACGGUGUUCCACACACGCGACAAGUUCUUCACAGAGUUCAUGGACUAUGCGUGUGCUCUGUCCAUGGUCAUGAGUCUGCUCAUAGCGGCCAUAGCACGAAUAUUCUCCAGCAGAGCACGUGCGGUGGGAGUGACAGUGAUAGCGCUACUGACGCUGUACUAUGUGGAACACGUGCGGUACCUCUACACGGGCCGGAUUGACUACGACUACAAUAUGCAAGUUAACGUAUUCUUUGGCGUGACGGGCUCAAUUCUGUGGCUGCUAUGGUCGUGGUAUCAGUACGUGGCGGGCGGCCGUUAUGUUUGGCGGCUGGUCACGUUCACGUUCUUAUCGGGAGUGUUUCUGACGAUGGAACUAUGGGAUUUCCCCCCGCGCCGCGGGUGGGACGCGCACGCGCUGUGGCAUCUAACCACUGCGCUACUGCCGGGGUUGUUCUAUAGAUUCGUGAUCGACGAUCUGAGGUACCUGCGGCUAUCGAGCGUCAAGAGUGACUUGAAGUUACCAUAGGUAUUUGUACGUGUGCUAGCUUUAUUUACUUCCAAUUAUUUUUAAGUUAAAAAUAAACCACUAGUCGAACUUU